CUCUGCUACUCUGUACUGUUGUUGUUGACGCUGGGCUGGCGCGCCUGAUGCGAAAAAUGCGAAGCCGAAUGGAGGAAUAGACCUGAUCUUACUAAUCUAGAUCUACCUCCUCUAUUACAAUUAGGGCCUACUGACUGCAUAUUUUCUUUUCAUCGUGACCAAGGCCAAAGGCCUAUAACUUGGAAUUGAAGUCUGUCGUACUAGAUUAUCUAGAUCUACUUUUUACUAUGACUAUCAGUGACUAUGACAUCUGAUACUGUUUUCUGAAGCUAGAUAAAACAAGUCUAUGAAAUGGCUGCUGAAAAAGCUACCUUCAAAGGGUUCACAUUUAAAAGGGCAGCUUCAAAGUCAGCUGUUCCUGGUUCAACUCUUCCAAAAGGGACAAGUGACAGAAAGACUACCCCAGUCUCCCUUCCUUCAGGAAAUAAGGGCUCAUCAAGUGAUAUCAGAAUUACCAGUGCACCUCUUUCGUCAGACAGAAAGGCCAUACCUCACCUUGGCAAAUCUAUCAGUGCACCAAUUUCAUCUGGAAGUAGGUCUACACCUUGCGAUGGCAAAUCUCCCAGUGCACUGUUAUCAUCAGGAGGUAGGGCUACCAGUGCACCGCUUUCAUCAGGAAGUAAAGCUGCAUGUCACGAUGGAGAAAAGAAACAGCCCAUGAGUAAAAGUGGAAGCUUCCAAACUUCCAUGACAUCUUUUGCAAAGAACAAACCUGUGGCUGUUGCUGCUGUAAAACCCCAGCGUGCACUUCCUCCCCAAGUGAUGAAAGAAGAUGUAUCAACCACUGGGUUGACCAGAGAUUUACCGGUUGAAAUCUUUGAUGAUGAUGAUGAUUUCGAGACUUUACCUUUCUCACAGAGUGAUCAUCAAUCUGUUGUGGCAGCACACAGGGGAGAGAGAAGCCCAAAGAGACGUAGGAAGGAGGAAACGUCGAUUCCUGAUGUCAUCCCAGACACUCCUGACAAGGAUGACCCACUUGAUGGCGUCAUGCCACGGAAGAAAAAGAGACGUACGUUACCAAUCAUGGAGUCGGAUGAAGAACAAACACCUUCUAGAACCUCAUCGCAGAAGAAUUGUUCACGUGACUUGGAAGAGAAAUGUGAAGAUAUUUGCCAGCACCCCCUGCUCAAGAAAGGGCUGAACACGGUUAAACCUGAAGAAGCUGUAGAACUGAUGCAUAUUUUGCUGCGAGUUGUGGAUGAAAUUUGUGACAUCUUUAACAAGAUUCCCAUCAAAACCUUAUUCGACCUGUUGCUGGAUGAUUUUGGUCGCCUUGGGGAGCUUCUUAAAGUUCGAAAACAGAUAAAAGACACAAUGGACCUGAAAAAAUUCCAAGGAAAAAUGAGGUCAAAUCCAGCACUCGGGAGAAAGUCAUCUCCGGGACACCCCCUUGCAUCUACGCCUCUUUUGUCAGCUGAUAAAACUGAGCUGAAGCGGAAAAAGUUGGCUUUGAAGAAAAGCCCCACAAAGAGUCCUGCUGUCAGUUCAGAGACUCCCAGGUCACAAGUUGCCAGCUUCUAUGACACUUCUGGUGGUGGGGACAUGGUCCGAGGCAAGAAUGAAUCUAUUAACAAAAACUAUUAUGAUGACAAACGACUUUCACACAGAAAACCCAACGAGCGUGCAACGACCAGUUUUGAUAGUAUGAAUGACAAAAGUCUUAUGUGUGGCCAGUCGAAUUUUCGUAGUUCUUUGGGCUGCAAUAGUUCCCAGUCACCAGUCUCUCGUCUCAACAGUAGUUCAAGACAUUCUGAGAUGGGUGGCUUGAAAAACAGUCCAAGUUUCCAGAAGAAUGCUGACAUUGAAGAGGCUUAUUACGACCCCCAUAUGGAGGAAAGAGGUUUUGAUGAAGAAAUGGAGGCAGCUCUAGCUUUUGAUGAGUCCUUUGAAGAGGCUGAUCAUUUAAAAAAGACAGAUUCAUCUGUGUCGAAGAAAAUGAACUCUCCUAACAAAAAUUCUGUGGAGAAAAAUGCUCCUUCUCUAUUGUCGCCAGGUGGUUCCAAAGUAAGGCAGCAGGCAGUUGUAAAUGACAUCUCAUCCAGGUCUCUUGACAUACGUGAUGUAGAGGAUGAGAAAAUGCUUGAUUCUCUGGUUGAUGAAGCUGCAGCAGGGGUCAAUAGUUACCACAUUGAAGAUGAUGAGUACUAUGAUGGUUUCAAGGAAGACCAGGAAAGAAAUAGCCAACAAAGAUUCUCAGAUUCUACCUACAUCCCUGUGUUCAGCUCCAGUGACCACGACGAUGGAGCUUCCUCGGAAUUUGCCGGGUUCAAGUUUGAGCACAGCACGAAGCUGCAGGACAAGUUCCAGGAGGUGUUUGGUCUCAAAGAAUUCAGGCGCAACCAGCUGGAGGCCAUCAACGCUGCCUUGUUGGGCCAUGACAUCUUUGUACUCAUGCCCACUGGUGGUGGCAAGAGCUUAUGCUAUCAGCUCCCAGCUGUGGUUUUCGAGGGAGUGACUGUCGUAGUCUCCCCUCUCAAAGCUCUGAUACAGGAUCAGACACAGCAACUUCUUUCUCGGGAUAUACCAGUAGCUAACCUUUCAGGUGAUACAGAUGGCGAUUCUUUGGUGUACAGUGGCUUGUAUCAGAGAAAGCCUGCAUAUCGGCUGAUCUAUGUCACUCCAGAAAAGCUCUCGGUCAGUGGGAAGCUAUUAAAUUGCCUGGGAAAUUUGCACAGGAGACAGCAGCUGAGCCGGUUUGUCAUUGACGAAGCUCACUGUGUCAGUCAGUGGGGCCAUGACUUUCGUCCGGACUAUAAGAAGUUGAAUUUGCUGCGCGAGCGUUUCCCAGGUGUUCCUACAAUGGCUCUCACUGCCACAGCUACUCCACGUGUGCGCAGAGACAUCAUCCAUCAGCUUGACAUGAACAAUCCAAAAUGGUUUAUGCAGAGUUUCAAUCGACCGAAUUUGAAAUAUAGUGUUCAGAGUAAAAAGUGUUCGAAUGCCACAACAGAUGUCAUCCAGAUGAUCCAGUCCAGGUUCCGUAAUGACUGCGGCAUUGUGUAUUGUUUCUCAAGAAAGGAAUGUGACAAUGUGGCCAUGGAUUUGAGGAAAGCUGGUCUCCUGGCUAACUCGUACCAUGCCGGGCUGGACGAUAACAAGAGAGCCACUGUACAGGAGCGCUGGCUCAAUGAAGACGGCUGCAAGAUCAUCUGUGCCACUAUUGCAUUUGGGAUGGGCAUUGACAAGGCAGAUGUCCGUUUCGUGAUCCACUACUCACUGCCCAAGUCUAUGGAGGGAUACUACCAAGAGGCGGGCAGAGCAGGACGAGAUGGGAUGAUCGCACACUGUAUUCUCUUCUAUACUUAUUCAGAUGUGAAGAGAAUUCGGAAACUGAUAGAGCUGGAUCAGAGCGCGACGUUUGACUCCAAGCGUGUGCACAUAGACAACCUGUUUGCCAUGGUGGGAUACUGCGAAAAUGUGACGGACUGCCGGAGGUGUCAGCUCCUGCAGUACUUUGGAGAAUGCAGCUUUGACCGUGCCAUGUGUGCCUCUUUUGCUGGGGCUGUCUGCGACAACUGCCACUCAAAGGACUCCUUCAACUUACGUGAUGUGACUCAAGAUGCCAAAGAGAUUGUGAAAUGUGUUCGGGAGUUGAAUACGCCUCAUGGGAAUUACACUCUCAUUCAUAUUUUAGAAAUAUUCAAAGGCUCUCAAAAUAGCAAGAUCAAAAGUUUGGGGCACUCCAAGCUGGCACUUCACGCUCGUGGCAAAGACUGGACUCGCAAUGAUGCAGAGCGCCUCUGCCGUAAGCUGGUCAUAGACCGAAUCCUCAAGGAGGACCUGCAGGUCACUGCCAUGGAUCACACAGUCUGCUACAUCAGGAUGGGACCUCGAGCUGCCGACCUUAUGCGCAAUCAGAUCAAGAUUGAAUUACCAAUCCAAGGCAAGAGAAAACGUGCAGAUGCUGUUAAGAUUGGAACAGAGCCAAAGAACAGCCGCGAGAAGAUAGAGCAAGACUGCCUUACUGAGCUGAGAGCCCUGGCCAAGACUAUAGCGACAGAACAUAACUUCAAGAACUACGCCCUCAUCUUCCCCGAGAGUGCCCUGAAGCAGCUUGCUCAGCGCACGCCGAUCACCGUUGAGGAGAUGGUGGACCAGAUCGACCACUUCAAUGUCACCAUGGUAGAAAAGUACAAGGCCCAACGCUUCCUGGAGAUCACUCUUAAGUACAGCAUGGAAAUGAUGGAGGUAGAAACAGAUGCCAACACUGCAGAAGAAGGGUCUGAGGAAGAGUGGGCGUCCCAUUACUUUGAGGAAACAUCUUCGUUUUCCGGAGCCUCAAGAGGGAGAGGUCAGCGAGGAAGAGGAGGGAAACGUGGUUUCUCUAAAGGGCGUUCAAGUUUCAAGCGAGGGCGUGGUAAAGGGAGGAAGUAUCCUGCCAGAGGUAAAGCUGCUGCAAAGAAAACAGCCCCAAGCUCCUUCAGCCAGUACAAGUACAACUCAGGAAGUUCUGGUUCCUCGGGAAAGGCCACCGGCAAUAUGGCUACAACUGGGGGACCUCCGCAACCCAGACCAACAACUGUGACAAAGGGAACUCUGGGGCUCAUGCCGGACCCUCGCUCCAGGUCUUUUCUGUCAUCCCACAGCAAAAGUGGUGGAAGCUCAUUUUUUUAGCACUAUCUGAACUACAUUUUGUUUGUUUUAGCAAAUAUUUUCUUCAACAAGUAGGCACUACUGUGCACUUCUUAACAACACUUAUCAAUAUGCUUAUCAGUAUUUUUGAAGUUUUUAUCCAAAUGAAGGCUUUAUUUUAUUUUAAUUAUUUUUUUCGUUCCACCCAAAUAAAAUAGCCUCCAGAGCCACCAACAUUUCAAUUACCAUCACUCACAGGUCUGUGGAAGGUUGUUUGCUCUUGUGUAUGGAAGACGUGAAAUCUAUUUCUGAGAGGGGAAGUUAUG